AUGAUUACAAGAAGAUUCAAGAAAGCAUUCAAAAAGGGAGGUUCGAAAUAUAAGAAAUUUCCAAAGAAGUAUUCUCCCAAAGGUGAAACAAGCAAGGAUCAAAGUGAGAUUAAAUGCUUUGAAUGCAACAAACCUGGUCACAUCAAGCCAAAUUGUCCUAAACUGAAAAAGAAGAAUUCAAAGGACAAGAGCAAGAAAGCUUUGCUUGCUGGCUGGAUGGACAAUGAUGAUUCCUUAAGUGAUAACUCUAGUGACAAGGAGGUUGCACACAUUUGUCUCAUGGCUCUAGAAGAGGAUAAACCAGAAAGCUCCCAACAAAGAGAAAUCAACACUGAGGUAAAUAAUUCUGACUCUCUUAGUAUUGAGGAUUAUGAAGAUGCAUUUGCUAAAUUAUAUGAAGAAUACAAAGUUUAUAAGGAAAAAUGUUAUGCUUUAAACAAAGAAAUUGCUUCCUUAAGAGCUGAAAAUGAUUCUAUGAGCAUUAUUGUACAAGAAAAUAAGUUUUAUAAAAAUCAAAUGCUCUUGUUUGAUGAGUUGAAUAAGGAGUUAGAAGAUUCAAAAACUACCUGUGAAAAACUCAUUGAGAAAAACAGGAUUUUAGAAACUAAGGUGGAAUCUUUGACAAAUGAUUUAGCUAAAUUCACAAAUGGCACACAAAUUCUUGAUACGUUACUUGGUUCUCAAAGAUUAUCAAAUCAAAAAUCUAGUCUUGGUUAUGAUGGAUUCAUGCACUAUGGAAAAUACAAAAAUUUCUUUGUGAAAGCUUCAUCUCAUUUAUUAUCAAAUGUUAUUUGCUUCUAUUGUAACCAAAAUGGUCAUAUGGUAUGUCUUAGAAGCAAGCAAGAGAGUGAACAAUGGUAUGUUGAUAAUGCUUGCUCAAGACACAUGACUGGAGACAAAGAAAAAUUCUCAAACCUUACCUUGAAAAGUGGUGGACAUGUGAGAUUUGGUGACAAAGGCAAAGCUUACAUCAUUGGAAGUGGCUCUAUUGGGAAAAAUCCAAGCAUAAAGGAUGUCGCAUUAGUUGAAGGUUUGAAAUCCAAUCUUCUUAGUGAUAACCUCAAAAAGUUUGAUGUAAAAUCAGAUGAAGGUAUUUUUCUAGGAUAUUCAAUGCAUAGCAAAGCUUAUAGAGUCUUUAAUAGGAGAAUUUUGUUAGUUGAGGAAACCAUUCAUGUUGUAUUUGAUGAAACUAACAACUUCUUAGAAAGAAAGAUUGUUUGUGAUGAUGAUGAAUUAGGUAAAAUUUUUGGAAGAAAAAGGGAUAAUACUCAAAAGCAACAAAGUCAACCUAUUGAGCCCCAAAGUGCAAUUGGGAAUGAUAUUGUCAAUGAAAAUGCUAAUGAGAAAGAUCAAGAAGGUAAUCAAGAAGUAUUGCUUAAUAUUGAAGAACUCCAAAUUGAUGAACCACAUCAUGAUGACCUACCUCAAGAAUGGAGAUAUCAUAGAGAUCAUCCAAAGGAGGAUAUAAUUAAUAGCCCUUAA